AUGGUCCGUCUCUGUCUCCAUCAUCUCUACAGCAAGCUCUGUCAGCGCCGCGCGCUGAUUCGGCACGUCUUCGCCGAGAUGCUGAGCAACAUCAUCCUUCUCAACGAUCGCGUGGCGGGCGUGGACGAGAUUCUGACCAUCUACAGCUCCAUCGUGUGUGGGUUCGUGCUGCCGAUCAAGCAGGAACACAUCCAGUUCCUCACGCAUUGUAUCCUUCCUCUGCACAAACUGGACCGUCUCUCCGAGUUCAGCAACACGCUCACUCACUGCCUUUUGCUUUUCAUCUCCCAGGAUUCAAAGCUCGUGACCCCUGUAGCCGCCCUCGCGAUGUCGUGAGCCGUAGAUCAUCCAGGGAAUAUUGCGCUAUUGGCCCAAAUACAACACGCAGUGCGAGAUUUUAGUACUCGACGAACUGGAAAAAAUCAUCGCCGCGGUGGAUCCCAGCUUGUUAAAUCCCGUGUUUCAUCCGCUGAUGGCACGGCUGCGCCGUUGCAUUAAUAGCAGCAAGUUUCUUGUUGCUGAGAGAACGCUCAAGCUGUGGGACGGCGAGGAUUUCGCUCGAUUUAUGCUUCGUCAGGAGCAGAAUAUGAACGAGUCCUGGAACGCCCUGUCCAGCACCGUGAUGUUCGUUUCGAAGAACUCGUGGAACCAGCAAGUACGAAAGGACGCGUGUCAUGUCGCCAGUCUGUAUGCCUCUGCUGAGCAUUGUGAUUAAACUUUUGCUUCAACUGCAUGUAUACUAUC